ACAGCGAGAAAACACAGGAAGUGCUGAGACUUUACCACACACCACUGCUCUGUCAGUCAGUCAGUCGUUAGAGAGACAGGAUGGAGUUCAGUCCACUCGCUGUGAUGCUCUUGCUGAUUUCACUUACACCAGUGCCACAUGCUCAAGAGAGAUCACAGCCAGUACUGAGUGUAUCUCCACAGAGCUGGCUGACUGAAGGAGACUCAGUGACUCUAAGCUGUGAGAUUACAGACUCCUCUACAGGCUGGAAAUUCAGCUGGUACAGAGAUGUUCCAUACAGAGACAAUGAUGGCCGUAUCAGGUAUAGAGUGGUGCCCCUCUCAGACAGCAGCAGAGGAUCUGGAGGCUCCUACACUCUCAGUCCUGCUGUUCUUAAUCACACAGGAGUGUAUAUGUGCAGAGGAGAGAGGGAAGAACGACACUUUUCCACAGAGUACAGCCUUCGACAGCCACUAUGGAUCACUGGUGAAUCUCCUCCAGUCUCUCUGAUCAUCAAUCCCAGCAGAGCUCAACACUUUAUUAUAGACUCUCUCUCACUGAGCUGUGAGGACCAGAGUAACUCCACUGGAUGGAGAGUGAUUCGAUACACACACAGUGAGAGAGGGUCAGAUUGUUCAUGGCGGGGAUCAGUUACAGGAUCUACAUGUAAUAUCAGCUUCCUCUACACAUUCUACACUGGAGUUCACUGGUGUGAGUCUGAAUCUGGAGAAAACAGUAAUCCUGUCAACAUCACAGUGCAUGAUGUUGGUGUGAUCCUGGAGAGUCCUGUCCAUCCUGUGACUGAGGGACAUCCUCUGACUCUACGCUGUUUAUAUCGCUACACAAAGUCCUCAAACCUCCGAGCUGAUUUCUAUAAAGAUGGAUCAGUUCUCCAGACACAGACUACAGGAGAAAUGAUCAUCUAUAACGUCUCAAAGUCAGAUGAAGGUUUCUACCACUGUAAACACCCAGAGAGAGGAGUGUCACCGAAAAGCUGGGUCUCAGUCAGAUGUGUGAAACCUUUCUCGGGUUCUAGAUCCAGUGCUGGAACAGUAGGAGUGGCUGUGGGACUGAGUUUGGCCUUCUUCUUCAUUAUUUUAUUAAUCUUAAUGAUCCUGCUGUGGUUCUGCAAAAUAAAGAAAGGAAAUCAGACAUCAGAGCAGAAUCAGAGCCGGUCAGGAGCUGAAGACUCUCAGUCAGGACACACACCACUUCAGGCUGAAGGAAAUGCUAAUAUCUAUACCACUGUGGAUCAGGCAGAUACGAGUGGAACAGCUGUAGCUGAGAGCAGAGAAGACACUUACGCGGAGGUCACGGAGAAAAAUAAGGCAAAGGGGUACAAUGAUGUUGAUGCUGAACCCAGUGGUGGUGAUGUGACUUAUAGUGAACUUGUAAUAAAACCACAGAAAAAAUCUAUGAGAAUAAAAGAAAAAGCCAGUGUUGGUGCUGAUACUGUAUACUCAGAGCUGAAGCUGAACACCAAGGGAACAAUCAUGGGAUUUAAAGGAGCCAUGAAAACGUUUUCAAAGAAACUAGGAUUUAAAAGCAGUGGCUCAAAGGCUGUAGAAGCUGAACUUGAGAAAUUAAAGAAGGAAAAUGCCCAGCUGAGGAUGACCUUGGAGGACAUGUCGAAACAAAAUGGAAGGCUUUAUCCUGCAUGUCCUGAGUCAGAUGAAGCCAAGAUGCUGGAGGCUCAGGAAAAAAAUCAGAAAUGGAAAGUUUAUGACCAUGAGAGAGAGUCCUGUAUGCAGUGGAAUCUGGCCAGACGUAUAGAGCUCGAGCAGCAGUUAAACCAAGCCCAGCGAACACUAGAACAACAGCACGAAGAGACCAAAUCAGAAGGUCAGUCACCUGCCUCCAUGCAGCAGGAGAAGCAGCUGCAGAAGAGCCAGAGGGAGAUGGAGGAGGAACGCAAAAGAGCGAGCCGCCUACAGGUCGAGUUGGUGGAGCUGAAAGCCAAGUAUGAAGAGAAGAGCCGUGAGGUGGUGCGAGUCCAGGAGGAGCUGCAAGUGGAGCGUAGAAGUUGGCGACAAACUUUAGCUUUACGGCAUGAAGAUCAGAAAAGAAUGGCUGUUUUAGAGCAACAGAUCCAAUUGUCUGCUAGAGACUUUGAGAACGAGAAACAGGACCGACAAAGUCUACAGCACCUGCUCCACAAAGUGCUGAAGGAGCUUCGCAAGGCUAGAGACCAAAUCACACGCUUGGAGUCGGCGGAAAUCCACUCUAAUUGUAGGGUUGGUGGUUUGAUUCAUGGCCCACGUGACUCCACAUGCCGAAGUGUCCUUGUGCAAAACACUGGACCCCAAGUUGCUCCCAAUGUGCUGAUUUCACUUACACCAGUGCCACAUGCUCUAGAGAGACCACAGCCAGUACUGAGAGUAUCUCCACAGAGCUGGCUGAAUGAAGGAGACUCAGUGACUCUAAGCUGUGAGGUUACAGACUCCUCUACAGACUGGACAUUCAGCUGGUACACAGAGAUUCCCUACAGAGACAAUCAUGGCCGUAUCAUGUAUAGAGUGGUGCCCCUCUCAGACAGCAGCAGAGGAUCUGGAGGCUCCUACACUCUCAGUCCUGCUGCUCUUAAUCACACAGGAGUUUAUAUGUGCAGAGGAAAGAGAGAAGAACGACCCUUUUCCACAGAGUACAGCCUUCGACAGCCACUAUGGAUCACUGGUGAAUCUCCUCCACUGUCUCUGAUCAUCAAUCCCAGCAGAGCUCAACACUUUACUAGAGACUCUCUCUCACUGAGCUGUGAGGACCAGAGUAACUCCACUGGAUGGAGAGUGAUUCGAUACACACACAGUGAGAGAGGGUCAGAUUGUUCAUGGCGGGGAUCAGUUACAGGAUCUACAUGUAAUAUCAGCUUCCUCUACACAUUCUACACUGGAGUUCACUGGUGUGAGUCUGAAUCUGGAGGAAACAGUAAUCCUGUCAACAUCACAGUGCAUGAUGGGGAUGUGAUCCUGGAGAGUCCUGUCCAUCCUGUGACUGAGGGAUAUCCUCUGACUCUACACUGUUUAUAUCACAACACAAAGCCCUCAAACCUCCGAGCUGAUUUCUAUAAAGAUGGAUCAGUUCUCCAGAACCAGACUACAGGAGAGAUGAUCAUCCGAACUGUCUCAAAGUCAGAUGAAGGUUUCUACCACUGUAAACACCCAGAGAGAGGAGAGUCACCCAAAAGCUGGGUCUCAGUCAGAGGUCCAUCAGGUGUAGAAGCUCCAUUCUCAGUGCUCAUGCUGAUCAGUAGUGUAGUGACGGCCUCUCCGUAUCUGCUGGUGACCAUCAUUCUGCUGGUCAAAUGUUACAGAGCUCGAGCUGAAACUAAUGAAAGGAGAAUGGAGAAUGCAGUCAUAGAGGAGUGAGCAAACUUCAUGUUUUAAAAGAGGAUGCAAUGCUGUUUUCUUUAAGGUUAUUUUGGGAAUGUUAUAAUAAAACUGAUUUGUUGCUUUAAUUUCAUACUGUUAACACAGACAGCUUUGUUGUUCUGACUUGAUUUGUUUAGCUAAUGCCUGCAAACGUUGCUAAUGCAAAGUACUGAGUAAAAAUAAACAAGUAAAAUAUUCUUUAAAAUAAAAAACAGAUGACAAAAGCUAAUAUUUUGACGGAGUGUUUGAGGAUUGAGAUGUGCUUCUGCAAAAAAAAAAAAAAAAAAAAGAUAAAAUCUAUCAUGCUAUGUUUGAAAUGAAAAUGUGUAAAUGAGCUAUUAAAACCUCAGACUAUUUCAUGUAACAUUGCUGAUCAUCAUUUUGGUGCUGAGUGUUGAGAGCAGCCUUGAGGUGUGUAUUUUAUAUUUUGUUUGACUUUUCUUUUCAGCUGAGUGAACUUUAAUUGUAGUUGGGAGAGGAGAUUUAUGCGUGGAGUGUUGCAAUAAUGUAUCACAUGAAGUACAAGUAAACUCAAGUGAACAACUACUCCUGUUCCUUUUUAAAUAUCAACAUUUCUGUUUUGUAUUUUUAUACAAUCAAGUCUGUAGUAGUAAAACAUGUAUUGAGCCGAAAUAAUAAAAAUUAACCAUGACAAUGUGUACUUUAUUUCUGUUGCUAAAAGCAGAAACUGGAUCCUGCAGUAUUAUUCAGUGUAAGUAGAGGAUGUCAGUGCAGUAAAGUUCAGGAGUAAAUGAGGAAUCAAACAGAAGCGAUAUUACUCUUUCUGCAUGUCUACACACUGGUACACUGAUGUACAGGACUUA